CUAAAACCACUCCCACGUAAUUUUUAUGCAUUUAAUUCUUGAGUUUGUUACUAAUAUGAGCUGAUGUAAUACAAUUGAACAAAGCGUAUUCCGGAAUUUCGCUCCUUUUUUUUGGGGGGGGUUAUAAAAUGGACACACAAGAUGCUGGGGUGGAAGUUAUAGGAGCAGUGAAGAAGAAAAUAUUGAUAGCUUCUAAACUGUCUUUGUCCUUACAUUCUAUUCCAAUUCGUUAUAUCAACCGCCACCACUUCCACCAUCUCCACCACCGCCUUCCCAUUUUUGUCCUUUUUCUUUAAACCCAAAUCGAAUCUGAGCUUAUUGAGAAUGCGGUUGAGAAUACUCUGUUUCUCAGAGAAAUUAAAUUAAAUAAAUAUUGUUUCGAGGCUCUGGCUUUGGAUUUUUUUUUUUGUCGUCGCCGUCGUCGUUGUUGUUAAUAAUAAUGGAAGCAGCUGAGAAUUGCUCGGUGAAGGUCGCCGUUCAUAUUAGGCCUUUUAUCGGCGACGAACGGACUCAAGGUUGUAAAGAAUGUGUUACUGUUACUCCUGGAAAGCCUCAGGUGCAAAUUGGGACACAUUCCUUUACAUUUGAUCAAGUUUAUGGAAAUGGUGGUUCUCCAUCGUCUUCCAUGUUUGAGGAAUGCGUUGCCCCUCUUGUCGAUGGUUUAUUCCAAGGAUACAAUGCUACUGUACUUGCAUACGGUCAGACAGGAUCUGGGAAGACAUAUACCAUGGGAACAGCUACCAAAGAUGAUUGCCAGACAGGAUUGAUUCCUCAAGUUAUGAAUGAGUUGUUCAAGAAAAUUGAAACGUUGAAGCGUCGAACAGAGUUCCAGCUACAUGUUUCAUUCAUAGAGAUCCUGAGGGAAGAGGUGAGGGAUUUACUGAAUUCAGAACCUGUAGGUAAACUUGUUACUCCUAAAAGGAAUGCUGUGAAAACCACAGUUCCAGGAAGGCUACCUUUACAAAUACGUGAAUCAUCAAAUGGAAUUAUAACACUAGCUGGAUCAACUGAAGUUGCAGUUAGUACGCUGCAAGAAAUGGCUACUUGCCUGGAGCAUGGAUCAAUAAGCCGGUCUACUGGGAGCACAAAUAUGAAUAACCAGUCCAGUCGAUCCCAUGCCAUCUUCACAAUCACAUUAGAACAAAUGCACAAAACGCAAUCAAUUUCUACUGUUAAUAACACAACGGAUGAAGAUAUGUCUGAAGAGUAUUUAUGUGCGAAGCUCCAUCUGGUGGACCUUGCUGGAUCUGAACGGGCAAAAAGAACAGGUUCUAACGGUCUUCGGUUGAAAGAAGGUAUUCAUAUUAAUAGAGGGCUUCUUGCACUGGGCAAUGUCAUCAGUGCCCUUGGGAAUGAGAAAAAGCGUAAAGAAGGGAUGCAUGUUCCAUACCGUGAUAGCAAACUGACUCGACUUUUGCAGGAUUCACUUGGUGGAAACAGCAAAACAGUUAUGAUAGCUUGUAUAAGUCCUGCAGACAUUAAUGCAGAGGAAAGUCUUAACACUUUGAAAUAUGCUAAUCGUGCUCGCAAUAUUCAGAACAAGCCUGUUGUGAAUAGAGAUCUAAUAUCCACUGAGAUGCAAAAAAUGUGUCAACAGUUACAAUACCUACGAGCAGAACUUUGUGCUCGUGUAGGAGGGCCUACUUCAGACAUACAGGUUCUCAAAGAAAGGAUUACAUGGCUGGAGGCUACUAACAAGGAUCUUCGUCGAGAACUUCAUGAAUACUGCAGCAGACAUGCUGUUUUAGAGUGUCGUGAGAGUGGCGCUCAAGAUGGCCAUGCAUGUUUUAUGAAAAGCGAUGUACAUAAGAGGGCCUUUCAGAGCAUGGACUCAUCUUAUUGUCAAAUGGAUGAAGUGGUGUCAGAUGAAAAACCUGGAGAAAUUGAUGUAGCAGCAAAAGAGUUAGAGCAUGCACUUCGGCAAAAUACCAUGGAUAGAGAAUUGAACGAGUUAAACAAGCACUUGGAGCAGAAAGAGUCUGAGAUGAAACUUGUUGGAGGAGCUGACACUGAAGCACUAAAGCAGCAUUUCCAGAAGAAAAUCAUGGAACUUGAGGAAGAAAAAAGAAUUGAGCAGCAUGACAGAGAUCGAUUGUUAGCUGCGUUUGAGAAUCGUGCUGCUAAUUCUGAUGCACAACGGCAAAAGAGGCAAGAGAUAAAUGUGCAGAAAAUAAAAGCACUUGAGGCACAGAUUUCUGACGUCAAGAAGAAACAGGAAAACCAGGUUGAACUCCUGAAGCAAAAGAAAAGAAGUGAUGCAGCAGCAAAACGAUUGCAAGCAGAAAUACAGUACAUAAAGGCUCAAAAAGUUCAAUUGCAGCGCAAGAUAAAACAAGAGGCAGAACAAUUUCGUCAGUGGAAGGCCUCUCGUGAGAAGGAAUUGCUACAGCUUAGAAAAGAGGGAAGGAGGAAUGAGUAUGAAAGGCAUAAACUCGAAGCCCUGAAUCAACGCCAAAAAUUGGUUCUUCAAAGGAAAACAGAAGAAGCGACAAUAGCUACCAAAAGGUUGAAAGAGCUAUUAGAAGCGCACAAGUGUUCUGUACGUGACAACUCAGUUAAUCACAAUGGACAUUCACCAAAUGGACAGAGCAAUGAAAAGUCUCUGCGAAGGUGGGUUGACCAUGAGCUAGAAGUAAUGGUGAAAGUGCGCGAAGUUCGUUUUGAAUAUGAAAAGCAGAUCCAAGUGCAAAGUGCUCUGGCAGAGGAGUUAACCUUACUAAAAGAAGUGGAUCAGUUCUCUUUGAAUGGGGACAUUCCUCACAGAGUAAACAAUGGGCAUUCUAGAUUGUUAUCUAUGUCACCAAAUGCAAGAAUGGAAAGAAUAGCCUCACUUGAGUACAUGCUUAGCAUGUCUUCAAAUGCACUCAAGGCAAUGGUGUCGCAACUCUCAGAUGCAGAAGAACAGGAGUGUGGUUUGGUUGGUCGCAGGCAGUGGAAUCAAGUACACUCAUUAAGUGAGGCAAAGAGCUUGCUUCAAUACCUGUUUAAUGCUACCGCAGAAUCAAGAUCUCAGUUGCGGGAGAAUGAUUUGGAGAUUAAGGACCUCAAACAGCAAUUGAAGGAUCUCACAGCUCUAUUAUGGAAAAGUGAGGCAGAGAAAAAAGAGCUUGUAAAGGAGCAAAAGAUGAGGGAGCAAGCUGUUGUUAUUGCCCUGGCUACAUCAGCUACGGGGAACUCCCGCAGUUCAUCAAAACACUUGGCAGAUGUUUUAAGCCCCUCCCUUUCACCAAUGUCACUCCCAGUCCCCAAGCAACUGAAAUUUACACCCGGGAUUGUUAAUGGAUCUAUUACGGACACAGUAGCAUUUCUAGAUCAGAGGCGGAAGAUGGUACCAGUGGAACAUUUGUCAAUACAGAAAGUAACAGCCAUGGGACAGACUGGAAAACUUUGGAGGUGGAAGAGAAGUCAUCACCAGUGGCUACUUCAAUUCAGAUGGAAGUGGCAGAAGCCAUGGAAACUCUCAGAAUGGAUUAAACACAGUGAUGAAACAAUAAUGAGAUCGAGGCCUCAUGCGCAAGCUCUGAUUGAACUGAUAUGAUAAGCUUAUAUUCACUAUCUAUAAAUCUUGACUGGCAAAACUGGUCUGCACGGUUUACAAGGAAAAAAAAGCAGGCAGAUUGUAAAUAGCCAUAAACAGGUCGGUGCUUGCCAUAUAAUCUUUACCAACAGUAGCUAAUAUUGAGUUUCAAAUUUUUUGGGGAGGGUUAAAUCAUCACAUUUUGAAGCAUGUCCGCAAACUAAUAGGCCUUGAGGGUGCUGGAAAUGGCUGAUAGCUUGACUGAGUUCAUGAAGAGUACUGGUAGAGUUCCGUUAUGUUUUUUUUCUUCGUUAUCAUGAAAAUGAAAUUUCCUGCCAAAUUGUAUAUGGCUGGCUUUUCAUUUUAUAUAUGUGUGUGUGUGUGUGUGUGUGUGUGUGUGUGUGUCAUAUUUAAUCUUGUCAAAACUUGUUCCAUAGAUGCAACACGUAAAAUUUUCAUCAAAAGCUUAUAUGAAAAUUUGCUGAUCA